CUCGCCCACAACGAGCUCGCAGUCUUGUUGAUACAGCCGCAUUCUUUCAGUCCCCCCUUUCCCCACUAAUUUUGGGACUUUGGGGAAUUGUAAAAGUCCUUCCCUCCCGACGUCUGUAUGAAAACCUGUGGUAGCUCUCGCCACCUCCCACUUCCACCCUCGCAGACUGAGUGUUUCACAUCAGGCAGCAAUCAGCCCCGGCUCAGCUUGCAGACUUAAAUCGUGCAGCGGAUGUCUUGCUACACAGGGUUUGGUCCUAUGAAAAUGUCUUUUUUGCCAUGUUAAUAGCUCAGCUAUUAACUGAGAAGGAAAGUGCCCGGCUGUGCUGGACAAACAUAGGCUGAGAUCCUUCAGAAAUCUGCACCAUCCCAUCUAAAUCAGACAUGGGGCAAGUCUACUAUGUCAGUAAAAAAGUGGGCCUUGGGAUGCUUGUGCUAGCGGCCUGCGCGCUGGCUACAAUUAUAGCUCUUUCCGUCGCCUAUGACAAGGAAAAGGCCAAGAAUCAAGGAAGGCCUGCAGGUGGAGAGACAGAUGGCACCAAUACUCCCACGCCUCCAACCACCCCCUUCACCCCAAAGGAGCCCUGGGACCACUACAGACUUCCAGACUCCCUCAUCCCCGUUUCUUACAGUGUGAACUUGUGGCCCCGGUUGGAGCCCAAUGCACAGGGCCUGUACAUCUUCACUGGGCGUUCAACGGUGAUCUUCAGAUGCGUGAAGGAAACAGACCUCAUCAUCAUCCACUCCAACAAGCUGAACCUAACUACCUUCGACGGGCACUAUGCUAAACUGAGUGGCCUGAGUGAAGCCUAUGUGCCCGGCAUACAGAAGACUUGGCUUGUGGUGCAGACUGAGUAUCUGGUUAUUAAGCUGCAGAGCAGACUAACAGCCGGAGCAUCCUAUUUACUCCAAACUGAAUUUCUUGGGGAGCUGGCAGACGACCUGCAAGGCUUCUACCGGAGCGAAUACACACAGGACGGUGUGAAGAAAGUUGUCGCCACGUCGCAGAUGCAAGCAACGUAUGCUAGGAAAUCCUUUCCCUGCUUUGACGAACCGGCCAUGAAAGCCGUCUUCAAUGUCACAAUCAUCCACGACCGAAGCCUGGUGGCUCUGUCCAAUGGCAUGGAAACUGGCAUGUCAGACUCUGUCAUUGAUGGGGUGCCUGUCAGAGUUACUAAGUUUGAGCCCACAGAGAGAAUGUCCACAUAUCUACUGGCAUUUAUCGUCAGUGACUUUAGUUACAUUAGCUCAACCCAAAAUAAUGUGUUGAUACGAAUCUGGGCUAAAAGAAAGGCCAUAACUGACGGGCAGGGGAGUUAUGCUCUUAACUUUACUGGACCGAUCCUGAAGUUCUAUGAGCGCUACUACAACACAUCAUAUCCUCUCUCCAAGUCAGAUCAGAUAGCUCUGCCCGAUUUCAAUUCCGGAGCAAUGGAGAACUGGGGUCUGAUCACGUACAGGGAAACGGCCCUGCUCUAUGACCCUGUCCUUUCCUCCACUGGAAACAAAGAGAGGGUCCUCACUGUCAUCGCCCAUGAACUUGCACACAUGUGGUUUGGCAACCUGGUGACUCUGCGUUGGUGGAAUGACCUGUGGCUGAACGAGGGCUUUGCUUCCUAUGUGGAGUACCUCGGAGCUGACCACGCUGAGCCCACCUGGAACAUUAAAGACCUUAUCAUCCUGUAUGACAUGCAAAAGGUGUUCGCGGUGGACGCCCUGGCCUCCUCUCACCCGCUCUCCCGCAGAGAAGAGGAGGUCAAUACUCCUGCUCAGAUCAGUGAGAUGUUCAACACCAUCUCUUACAGCAAGGGCGCGGCAGUUCUCAGGAUGCUGUCAGAGUUUCUCACUGAGCCUGUGUUUGCCAGAGGGCUCAGUUCCUACCUAAAGACAUUUGCCUUCAGCAACUCGGUGUACACAGAGCUGUGGUACCAUCUCCAACAGGCAGUUGAAAACACACAAGGUGUGCAGAUUCCCCACACUGUCGAAAACAUCAUGAACCGCUGGACUCUCCAGAUGGGCUUCCCAGUGGUCACUAUUGACACCCGGACAGGAAGUGUCACGCAGAAACACUUCCUGUUGGACCCAGACUCUGUUGUUGAAAAACCCUCUCAGUUCAAUUACACAUGGUUUGUCCCUAUUAAAUGGAUGAAGACAGGUGUGGAACAACAACAGUACUGGCUCCUUCAAAAGAAAGACACCCACAGUGAGAUGAGAGUGAUCGGAGCAGACUGGGUGUUGGCAAACACAAAUGUAUCCGGAUACUUCAGGGUGAACUACGACCAUGACAACUGGAAUCGUCUCCUCUCCCUGCUCGACACUAACCAUCCGGUUUUACCUGUCAUCAACAGAGCACAGAUCAUAGAUGAUGCUUUUAACCUAGCAAGAGCCAAAAUAAUAGAUACAACAUUAGCACUGAGAACUACCAAAUACCUGGCCAAGGAGAGAGAUUAUAUCCCUUGGGAGUCGGCUUUGAGGAACCUCGACUACUACAUUCUCAUGUUUGACCGCACUGAGGUCUAUGGAGCAUUGCAGGCAUACCUCAAGAAACAAAUACAGCCGCUUUUUGAGUAUUUCAAGGAAAUGACAGUCAACUGGUCCAGAGUACCUCAAGGACACACUGACCAGUAUAAUGAAAUCAAUGCGAUUGGGAUAGCCUGCAAUACAGGUGUAGAUGGCUGCAGGGAGCUGAUCCAAAGAUGGUACAGACAGUGGAUGGCAAAUCCAGACAACAAUCCGAUCCAUCCCAACCUAAAAAGCACAGUUUACUGCAGAGCCAUAGCCUUCGGCGGUGUGGAGGAGUGGGACUUUGCCUGGAGUAUGUUCAAGAAUGCCACCCUUGCAUCUGAAGCCUCCAGGCUCAGGUCGGCCAUGGCCUGCACCAAACUGCCUUGGCUUUUGAACAGGUAUCUGGGGUACACUCUGGACACGACUAAGAUCCGCAAGCAAGAUGCCAUCUCUACUAUCCAGUAUAUUGCCAGGAAUGUUGUAGGAAUGCCUCUGGCCUGGAACUUCGUCAGAGAGAGAUGGGAUUACAUUUUCCAACAGUAUGGAAAGGGAUCGUUUUCCUUCACUAAUCUCAUCAACGGAAUCACAAAGAGAUUCUCUACGGAGUUUGAGCUGCAGGAGCUGAAGAAAUUCAAAGAAGACAACCUCCAUGUUGGCUUUGGCUCAGCCACCCUGGCCUUGGAGCAGGCUAUUGAGAAGACCACAGCCAACAUCAAAUGGUUGAAGGAGAACCAACCUGAAGUGCUGAGGUGGCUAAUCGAGGAGUCCACAUGAGAAUAAAGAAGGUCAAAACUGACACUUUUAUUUUCUGCACCAUCAGGGAUACGAAACGAAUGGCAAUCACUAUGAUUAUUAUUACGUCGUCUCUGGACAUCAGCUUCAUUGAAGUGGAAGACAGUGUAUUUUUAUUUUCUUAAUACUGCAUUAUAAACUCAUGCAUUUAUACUUUAAAAAUGAUGCCUCGGUGCACUUCAGCUUCAAAGGUCAUUGGCAAAAAAUAUCUACAACUGGCUAAAAAACACUGUGACUGUCAGCUCUGAUCAUGAUGUGACGUGGACCAUGCCCUCUGAGCUACGUAUUGCAUUUUAAAUUGAAAAAUAUCUCUCACAUGCACGUGAUUAUCUGCUAAUGUGAAAGGACUGCGCGUUAGUCUUCGUCUACGAUGGUUUGAUUUUUUUCUGGUAGCUUUUUCCAUGUCUGCAAUUCAAAACUCUGUAAAUGAACUAAUAGAGAUAUUAAUUAAUAAAGUCAGGUCAAGUCAUUCCUA